AUGUCGUUCUAUCCACCAAACUACCAUCCCUACGAUUACGCGACCUACCCAGUCUACAGCACACAGUAUUUCCCGACUCCUUACGAUGAAAACUUUCACCCGCAGAUGGCUUAUAUGCACAACCCGAUGAUGCCGGGCGUUGGUGGGAAGGCCACGGAAACAAAGCCGAGGCUUGCUAAAGACGAAGUCGACAAGCUUGAGAGGGAAUUCCAGAAGAACAACAAGCCCAACAGCAGUACCAAGAAGCAGCUGGCUGAGGAAAUGAGGGUGGACAUUGCAAGAAUCAACAACUGGUUCCAAAACCGACGAGCAAAGGCGAAGCAAGAGAGAAGAACGCAGGAGAAUGAAGCUCGCCGGAAGUCGGAGCAGGAUGCAGAGACCACGACGACCAGUUCCGACGCCGUCAAGGAGUACUAUCCUUCGAACGACCAAGAUGAAGAUCUUCGCCCGUCCGCGGCCCCGUUCCCUCCCAUCAGCGCAUCAGUACGGAUACCGUCUGCCCACGAGAGCCCGUCAGUCGAAGAGGUCGAUACCGGCGUCAAUGAGUUGGAAGAGAAUGCGCGUUCCACCACGGAUGGCACCGAUUCGGAGUAUACCUCACCGGAGUCCACCAGCUACGCGUCUCAGGAACCAACAAUGAGCUACUCCUUGACCCCAGACAACUUCUUCGCGAGCCAAACGUGCGACUUCCCGUCCUCGCUACCGACGGAUAUCACCACCCAAACGCCCUGCCUGACGAUCUCCAUACCCAGUCAGUUCAAUAUGCCGCACAUUGCCGACUCCGCGAGCGCCUCAUCUCUAUCAUCGUACCAACAUCUGACUGGCUCUACCAAAAUGGACGGCAUGUCCUCACACUUCAUGACCAACAUGCCAGACUCUAUCCAGCCCGACGUGAAACAAGAGCAGCUACAGAGCGAAGACAUGAACAAGUUCGAUCAGUUCUCCCCGGAGUCCAUGGCAAACUCACCGCCAGAGAUAACGACACCAGACUUCCGAUUCAAGUCGCCAUCCACCAUCGACAUCGCCAGCCGAAGAAACUCCAAGCGACCAGCUCAGCUUGUGAGCUGCGUACGCAGCCAAUCAUACAACUUCUCAGGUCCCAAGACCGGAAUCGAGAUGCCCAGACGCGAAGCACCAAGCCCCAUGCGCCGUGUCGCAUCCGCCACCGGCAACUUCCCCAGGGGAAUUCAGAAGGCAACGAGCGCCGGGCCGCGAUCGCCAAACUUUCUGGACCGCAACCAGGAGAACCUCCUUCUGUUGCUGGCAGGCCAAGGCCAGUCGCCAAUUUCGCGAAAUUCCGUGGCACCCCCUACACCCAAUACACCGGUCGUUCCCAGCCAGCAGGAAAUGCGCGAGGCAACUGUCUCGUCUAUGUCAUCCGAGGAGGACAAGAACUACGGCGUACAGACCAACUUGACCGUUCCCCAAUACACGAUGGACCCGACGCUGAGGACGCCCCCCGACACGCCCGGGUUGAUGAACGCACCGGGGUCCCUCUUCUCCUCGUACGGCUUCGCGAUUCCUGACGACUCUCUCCACACUCCCAGCUUUGGCGGGUUCGACACCGAGUUCCGGAUGGCGACGAAUGUUCCCACCUACGUAGCUCACGGCUGCGGGAGCCAGCCGGUGACACCAUCAUUCCCACCCAACAACAUGGGGCCGGCAUUCUGCGCGUCGUACUACGGCGGUGGCAACACCGAGUACAACUGGUCAGACGUGUCGUCCAUGUCGGCCCAGCCUUCACCUGAGCAGUCUCAAUCAAAACAGUUUCAGUUCACCAACAUGACGCCACACGACUUUAACAGCAAUGCGGUUGUUGUUGCCAUGGGCAUGUCGAGGUAUAAGAAGGGGUAUGACGGCCCUGGUGGUCAGUCAUGCCCCGAGUCACUAACCCGCCGCCGCGAACCUGAUCGACGUUUGAGUCUGAAGCGGGCACUCUCGACGGUUUUGACCAUGGCUUUCACCGCCUACCUUCUGGCAACUUGCCUCUAUCUCCUCCCGGCCCUGUCUGCGUCUGUCCGUCUCAGGAGCGACGCGCCUGUAGUGAACAUCAAGAACGGUUCCUAUUCUGGAAUUCAUAAUGCGGCAUACGAACAGGACUUCUUCCUCGGCGUACCUUACGCUCAGGUCCCGGAACGUUUCAGUACUUCAGAGGGUUUGAAUGCAACAUGGGAGGGCACACGUCCCGCUACGGAGUAUCCUAAGCAUUGCGUCGGCUACGGCGGUGACAUGGUUGGCUACGAGUCGUCGGAAGACUGCUUGUACCUUAACAUUGUUCGUCCUGCUGGCAUCUCCUCAGAUGCUCAACUGCCAGUAGCUCUCUGGAUCCACGGAGGUGGUCUGUUCAUGGGCGGCUCUGCAGACAGGCGCUACAACCUCUCCUUCAUCGUCGAAAACAGUGUCGAACAGGGCACUCCUGUCAUCGGCGUCAGCAUCAACUACCGUCUGUCCGUCUUUGGCUUCCCCGGCAGCAAGGAGGCCAUUGAUGCCGGUGCUGCUAAUCUUGGUUUCCGCGAUCAGAGACUGGCUCUGCGCUGGAUUAACGAAAACAUUGGCAGCUUCGGGGGCGCAUCUGACAAAGUCACCAUCUUCGGAGAGAGCUCCGGUGCCGAGAGUGUUUCCGCGCAGGUCUUGGCUUACAACGGGCGCGACGAUGGUCUCUUCAGAGGUGCUAUUGCGGAAUCAGGCUUUGGCGGCGUCAUCCCUCGAUGGGCCGGUGGCCUGAACAACACGGAAGGCUACCAAGCCAACUGGGACAGCCUCGUCGCCAACAUCUCAUCCUGCGCCUCUACCGUCGGUACCCAAGAGUCACUGGACUGCCUUCGCAGUGCCCCCCUGGAGGAGAUCAACUCUGUCCUCAACUCCACUGCUGGACCGACCAUUGCGUUUUUCCCGGUCAUCGAUCACGAUUUCAUUGCGGACUACCCCACAAACCAGCUGAACAGUGGCGACUUCGUCAAGGUCCCCAUUCUCAUCGGCUGCAACACAGACGAGGGUUCUGCGUUCGGACAAGGUCGUGGACCAGGUGGCGGACCCGUCAACACUGACGAUGACUUCCGCUACGCCGUCCGUAGCUUUAUCCCAGACAACGUGCAGGAAACCACCGGGCAGUCUGCGGACGAGCUUGUCGAAGAAGUCUUGAAACUUUACCCCGACGAUCAGGCACAAGGUAUCCCGGGACUCGAAACCUGGCCACACAUCAUUCAGCCCGGCGAGGACAUCGCGAUUGCUCGGGGUCUGCAGCAGCGUCGCACCGGCGCAUUCUUUGGAGACAUGACCUUCCAGUUCACACGGCGUCGGGCCAACAUCGCUUGGUCAACCCACAAUGUGCCGUCGUACGCCUACCGCUUCGACGUCACUACGACUGGGACGCCUCAGUACAUCGGAGCAACCCAUUUUCAGGAGGUCGCAUUCGUAUUCUACAACCUCAAUGGUCUGGGAUACGAUUCCAAUCCGUUCGGCGGCAACGACACUGUCUACACAGAGAAGGCCACCGCUCUGGCCAAGACUAUUUCCUUGUCUUGGGUCAACUUUUUCGCCCAUCUCGACCCCAACGGCGCCCCUGGCCUGGGUUCUUGGCCUGUCUAUGAGACCGCCAGCGGAUCCGGUAGUGAUGUCGUCUUUGGCAUCAACGGCACCGAGGUUGAGACAGAUGACUGGAGGAAGGAGGGCAUUGAUUGGCUCAUCGAGCAUGGCCUGACUGUCAUCGGAGAUUAG